GGGAAUUCUAUGUAAUGGUUCUUAGUCAUCUCCCAGAUGAACUGAGAGCUUCUAAAGCUGUUCCUGCUGCCACUUGUAGUGCUUGCUGCGGUGCUCUGGGUCAGUUCCUCCUUUGGUGUUAUGGACCUCUCUUAUGUUGUCUUAGGCUGGAAAAAUGUCUCAUUCCGACCCUUUAUUGUCUUGCUGCUCCAAAAUUUAAGUUGAGGAAUUAUUUUAAAGUUGUUAGGAAAGGAAUGUUGGAAAGUUCAGGUACUGAAGCUUGUACUCCCCUCUCUAGUGUCUGCCUCCUUACCACGCCACACCUAUAUUUUUUUUUUGCCUUUUUCUUCUUCCCUAUGUUCUCUUAGAAAUAGGAAUGAAGAGUAAGUAAAAAUGAGGCAGAGUAAAGAUGAGUAAUUGAUGCUUCUUGCCAAGAUCCAGGGGAGGUGUUACAGAAGGUGACAAAGCCAGGUUGAGUGCUUCACUGGUUCAGUGAGGUUAUUUCCUUCCCUUUUUGGAGGGGGUGAGGAUACAGGCAAUGAAGAAACAGGCAUAUAUAAUGAUGUCAGAAGAUGAGGACCUCAGAAGGAACUGACUUUCGCUGAUACCUCUUUUUUUUUUUUUUUAAGAAUUAAGGAACUAAAGAGAAUAAAGAAUAGUUUUACAUUCAAGAAUGCUCAAAAGAUAGUCUCAUCUUCCUUAUUUUCUUUUAGCUUCAUUACAUAUAAGCCAGCCAAAUUGGAAUGUUCACCAUUCCCAGGACCUUCCUGAAGCUUUUCUAACCUUGUACAUUUAUUCAUUUUGUUUUUUUCUGCCAGAAAUGCCCUCCCUUGUGUCUUUCCGUUAAGAAUCUUUUGAAGUUCCAUUUUGUAUUCCCAAAGAUGUGUGAUUUCAUAUUUCUCUUGUGGCACUUAACAUUCUAUCUAUAGUCACAGUACUAUAUUUAUUUGUGUAGUUGUAUUUUUGUCCAUAUUAGAUUAUGGAUAGGGACUGUGUUAACUCAUUUUUUAAAAUCUCACAUAAUGCCUUGAACAUAUGUAAGUCAUUAUUCAAUUGGAUUCUAUAGGUGAAAUGAAAUUUCUCUGAGACUGAACUAAUCAUUAAUAUUACAUGAAUUCUAAAUAUCUUUCAGGGUAAACUGAAGUUAUUUACUCUUUCUGGCCUAUUUUUUUCUUUGCUAAAAAAAAAGUUGUGUUUAGUUAAAGAGGACCAAUGUGUUACCUGAUAUGCUUCCCUCUAAAAUAUGAUGGAAUAAAUAUGCAUGCUAACAUUUAUUAGUACUAUUGUAAGCAUUAAAUUAUGUAGUAUGUUAUACACUACACAGAAAUUAAAAAAUCCUGGCUUGAUAUUUCAUCUAGGAGUCUUUAUUUGCAUAUAUAGUGAAUUGAAGUGUGGUGACCACAACAUUUAAAAUUAAAAUUUUCUUCCUGUGCAAAUAAAGGAGGAAAAUUGCUUUAUAGAUUUCUUUUUAAAAGAUAAAAUUUCUACUCUGGUAUUUUUAUUGUGAUAUGGAAGUGCCUUUGGGUGUCAAAGGAGGUAUCAGUAGAUUCUCCUAUGCUAGAGAGAAUUGAAGUAUGGAUAUGGUUGGAGACCUGUCACUUUCUGAUGGUGAGUUUGGUUAAUCAUAAAGAAGAACAUCAUCAGUAAGCUCACUAUUUGGUGACUAAACUUUUUUGGCUAUGAUCAACUAUGAAAUUAAGAAGAAUAAAAAACAGCUCUUAUUCAUGUGCAGCCUCUUCUACCUCUGCAGUCACCCUGGAAAAAUUAUACUGUUGAUAUGUUAAAUGUGAGAUCCUUGUCUGAUGAUUAUACAUUUCUGGGUAAGAUGAAUGAUAUAAAUCUUGACAUUUCUUGCUAUAUAAUUGGACCUAGAAAGAAAAAGGCAAUUAUAGCUAAGUGGAAGAAUGUUUCAUAGGUAUUCUUUGAAAAGACAAAGAAAAGAGUUGAUGGAGAAGGUUUCAUUGUACAUCCCACAGUUACAAAAAAAAAAAUUUCUUUGGAAUGUACAGUAUACAAUAAUGUUCAUAGUUUUUAGACACCCAAAUUACCAGAUGUAAUUCCUUAAAUCUGUUCAUAAUAUAUAUACUUCAUAUUCAUAAGAGAUGCUACAAUUAUGUCAUGCAAUUAAGACGAUACAAGCUUGAAUUAUUUAAACAAGCUAUUGAAAAUAAAAGAUGGGAAAUGAACAAUAAACAUGAUAUUGAUAACUACUAUACUGAUUUCAUCUAGAAAUUUAAACCAAUAUAAAUUACUGGCUAUAAAACAAGGAGACCAAAAGAGCCCAGAAAAUACCUUGUCAGAAAACUUUUGACUUACUUGCCUAAUGUCUUUGGCAAAACUGAGUUAAAAUAUAAAUUUGUCUGUAAAAUCUUGUGAAGAAUAGUAACAUAUAGUUAUGAGCAAUAUCAUUUUAUAAAACAGAACAAGUAGAAGUUAGCCAAGUAGAGUCAUCCCAAAGGCAUUCAAAGAUGGAAAUGAAAAGAAUAUUACAAACAGAAGAAAAAGGAAAAAAUUUACAGAUAUUAUUGAAAGUCAACUUUUUUCCAAUGAGGAUAGUGGAACUAGCAUACAGAGACAGUGCUUGGCACAUAGUAAGCACUGAAUAAAUAAUUGUUGAUUAACUUGGAAUAUUGGACAUGAUUGUCCCUGAGGCAUUUACAGAGGAAACAAGAUUGGAAUUAAAGAGAACAAAUAAGGGAGUAUCUACUGAAUUGUAUCAAUUAUAUGUAAAGGAAAUAUAUUCCAGAGGCAAAAAUUUUAUUUAAAUUGAAAAUUUAAAAUUUUCAGGGCAAAUAGAAAUUAAUUGCAAAGUGUCUGAAGGAAUAGAAGGAUCUCAAUUGCGUGAAAAAAAUUCUCAUCUUAUUGAUACUAAAAACAGUGACUGAGAAAAUAUAAGCUACAAACUUUAAUGUCUACUCAAGAAUUUAUACAAAAUCUUUGUAUAAAGGUCAGCUAUAUACAAAUUGAGGACAUCCUUGAUAUAUGUAUUGAGUAUGAGUAGGGGAAAAUUAGGCUUUUACACAUCUUUACUAUCUCAUAGUUGACUGAUUAUUUGUUCAUGAUGAGAAAACAUUUGACUCAGAACAAUACCCCUCCUUAUAAGAUCUUUUACAAAAACAUGUCUCCUAUUUAUAUACUAAGAUCAUACAAAAUUCCUUGGAAUAUGUUACAACAGGAAUAGUUCUGUUCCAUGAUGCUCUGAUAAGAGACAUCAGAUAAGUUAUAAAACAGGAUGGUGUAUGCUUGUCAAGAUGUUCAUCAUUGUGAUGGAGGCACAGAAUCCCAAGUUGACGAAGGAACCCCUGGGAUGUGUGCCAAGAACUGUUUUAUUCUGGAAAUCUGUUCUAUCAGCUCCUGUAUUCUGGCGCUAUGAAUCCAGAUCUUGGAUCAUUACAGAUACUGUUAUAUGUUCCUUUUAUGAUCAUGUGUUCUUCUGUAAAAUCAGACUUAGUACCUCGUUUUAUUUCUGAGCCACAUUCUGUUGUCCAGAAACUUGGUGAACCUGUAACACUACAAUGUUCUGCUCAACCUGUGACUGUUCACAUAUCAUGGUUGCUUAAUGGAAAAAAAAUCGACAGAAAUUUGGAGCAGAUUGAGGUUCAUCAAGGAACUUUAAACAUCCUUUCUCUCAAUCCAUUUCUUUCUGGUCAGUACCAAUGCAUUGCUAAUAACAGCAUUGGUGCAAUUGUGAGUAAGCCUGCAACAGUGUCCAUUGGAGGUCUUAGUGAUUUUGGUGCAACAGCAAAACAUGUUGUUAUAGCAGAGGAACAAAGUGCUGGAUUCAUUGGCUGCAAGAUACCAGAAAGUAAUCCUUCAGCACAGGUGCGCUAUAAGAUCCGGGGGAAAUGGCUGGAACAUUCCACAGAUAAUUACCUAAUUCUUCCAUCAGGAAAUCUUCAGAUUUUGAAUGUAUCUUCAGAGGACAAAGGUUCAUAUAAAUGUGCAGCUUAUAAUCCUGUCACACAUGAAUUAAAAGUUGAACCCACAGGCCACAAGCUCAUUGUGAGCAGCUCUUCAUCAAAAUAUGUUCAAAUUAUUCACCCAACUUUUUCCCAGUCACUGGCAGCGAUUUCUCAUAAUCCUGUAACUCUGGAAUGUGUGGUGAGUGGGGUGCCUGCUUCCCAAGUGCAGUGGCUAAAGGAUGGCCAUGGUUCUCUUCUGGGAAGUAACUGGAGAAAGUUGUAUUCCAACCUUGUCACUGAUAGCAUAUCUCCAACUGAUGCUGGAAACUAUUCUUGUGUGGUGGGAAACAAGUCUGGAGAGCUCGCACGUGUGACUUACACAGUUAAUGUGCUUGAACAAGCCUCAAUUUCCAAAGGAUUAAGGGACCAGACAGUUUCCUUAGGUGCCACAGUAUAUUUCACAUGUACCAUUCACGGGAACCCAACUCCCAGUCUUACCUGGCUUCAUAAUGCAGAGCCUAUACACCCUUCCUUGCGGCACCUGAUAGUAGAAAACACAUUGAGAAUCAGUGGCGUUGUCAUGGAAGACUCAGGGUUAUACCAAUGUGUGGUGGAUAAUGGGAUUGGAUUUAUGCAGUCUACUGGGAGACUUGAAAUUGAAACAGGCAGUGGAUUCAAGCCAAUUAUAGUAACACCACCAACAAGCACAAAAGUGAUAGGGGGUGACUUUGUCACUUUAUCCUGCAAUGCCACUGGGCUGCCAGUUCCUGUUAUUCGUUGGUAUGACAGCCGUGGUUUGAUAACCAGCCAUCCAUCACAAGUACUUCGCUCUAAAUCACGAAAAUCACACUUAACAAAAUCUGGAGAUGUCACAUUAGAGCCUGUUUACUUCAUCAUGUCUCGAGCUGGAUCAAGUUCCCUAUAUAUUCAGGCUGUAACCAUGGCACAUGCUGGGAAAUAUACCUGUGAAGCCACAAAUGAACAUGGUUCAGCAUUGUCAGAGGCAUUUCUUACGGUUGUUCCUUUUGAAACAAGUACCAAAGCUGAAACAGUUACACCUAUUGAUGCCACACAGAGUCAUGGACUUAAAAAGGAUGAUUUUGCAGUAGGGCCUUUGAACAGUUUUCCAAUGAAGUUACAUUCCAACACAACAGAGGCAUCAAUAGAGAGAAAUACCAGUAGUUUCUCUGCUCCUGAUGCCCCCAUCAUCCUGAGCCCCCCACAGACCCACAAACCAGAUGCUUACAACCUGAUUUGGAGAUCAGGGAAAGAUGGUGGACUACCUAUCAAUGCCUACUUUGUAAAAUAUCGAAAGCUGGAUGAUGGAGUUGGUUUAGUGGGAAACUGGCACACAGUUAGAGUUCCUGGAAGUGAAAAUGAACUCUACCUAACAGAACUGGAACCAUCCAGUCUUUAUGAAGUCUUAAUGGUAGCAAGAAGUGCAGCAGGGGAAGGACAACCUGCUAUGCUUACCUUCCGAACUAGCAAAGAGAGAACAUCAUCAUCAAAAAACACUCAGGCUUCCUCUCCACCGGUGGGCAUCCCUAAACAUCCUGUUGUUCCUGAGGGGACCAACAGCAAUUUCGGGGUGGUGCUUACAGAUCCCUCCAGGCAUAGUGGAGUUCCAGAAGCACCAGAUCGACCUACUAUCUCUACUGCCUCAGAGACUUCUGUAUAUGUCACUUGGAUUCCUCGGGCGAAUGGAGGUUCUCCCAUCACUGCUUUCAAGGUUGAAUAUAAAAGGAUGAAGAAUAGUGACUGGCUAGUGGCAGCUGAAGACAUUCCACCUUCCAAACUUUCUGUGGAAGUGCGUAGCUUAGAACCAGGCUCCACGUACAAAUUUAGAGUAAUUGCUAUCAAUCAUUAUGGUGAGAGUUUUCGAAGCUCUGCAUCUCGCCCUUAUCAAGUAGCUGGAUUUCCCAACCGUUUUUCCAACCGUCCAGUUGCUGGACCUCACAUCACAUAUACAGAAGCUGUCAGUGAUACCCAGAUUAUGUUGAAAUGGACAUACAUUCCUUCAAGCAACAAUAACACACCUAUCCAAGGAUUUUAUAUCUAUUACCGACCAACAGAUAGUGAUAAUGACAGUGAUUAUAAGAGGGAUGUUGUAGAAGGUUCAAAACAAUGGCAUAUGAUUGGUUACCUGCAGCCAGAAACGUCUUAUGACAUUAAAAUGCAAUGUUUUAAUGAAGGGGGAGAAAGUGAAUUUAGCAAUGUAAUGAUCUGUGAAACUAAAGUGAAAAGAGUUCCUGGGGCCUCAGAGUAUCCUACCAAGGACUUGAGCACCCCUCCAAACUCUUUUGGAGGUGGAGGGAAUGUUGGUCCAGCACUGGGCCCUGCCCGGAGCAGUGAUAUGCUGUAUUUGAUCGUGGGCUGUGUGCUUGGAGUUAUGGUGCUUAUUCUCAUGGUUUUCAUUGCCAUGUGCUUGUGGAAGAAUCGACAGCAAAAUACCAUACAGAAAUAUGACCCACCAGGAUACCUCUAUCAAGGCUCAGAUAUUAAUGGACCAGUGAUGGAAUACACCACUUUGCCUGGCACAAAUCGAAUCAAUGGUAGUGUCCAUGGAAACUUUAUCAGCAAUGGAACCCUCAGCAAUGGCUGUCCACAUCUCCACCAUAAAGUUCCCAAUGGAGUCAAUGGGAUAAUGAAUGGGACUGUUAAUGGAGGACAUUACCCUGGACACAAUUCCCUUACCAGAACUCAUGUGGAAUAUGAGCAUCCUCACCACUUAGUGAAUAGCGGUGGAAUGUAUACAGCACUGCCCCAGACUGACCCUUUGGAGUGUGUUAACUGCCGUAAUUGUAGAAACAACAACAGGUGUUUCACCAAAACCAAAGGCACUUUCAGCAAUGGUUCCCUUCCUGUGAUCCCGAUGGUAGCACCUUAUCAGCCAGAUAGCUUAGAGAUGAAACCCCUGAGUCACAUGAUGGUACCCAUGUGCCUCGCCUCCACAGUUCCAGAAUGUGGUGAAUUACCUGAAGAGUGCAUCAAGGACAAAGUGGUACCAGCAUCCACCCAACAUCCUUGCUGUCAAGAAAACAUAAAGCAAAUCAACUCAGACUGUACAGAAGGAGACAACUGUCUGCAUUCUGAAACGGAGAAUCACGUUUUGAGUUGGAGCUCCCUUAUUUUGCCAUCUCUUUUCAAGGGACAACAAAGCUGUGAAAAGACAGCUUGGUCUAAUGCUGAUGUUACAGUUGACAAUACUUCAAGGGACCUUCGACAAUCCCAGGAAACCUGAAUGUGUACAAGUGACUUUGUUCCCACUUCAAGCCAGUAACUGCACAACAUGGACAUGGGAAGGGACUACAGAAAAGACAUUAAUUCAAAACAGAAACAAAGUUAUUAUUUAUUUUCUUGGAGUAGUAUUGUCAUUUGAAUGUAUCUUAAAAUGUUUGCCUUUUUAUAUUAUUUAUGCCUUGAAAAAUUUCCUUCCCCAUUUCCUUUUCCCUCACAGUGCAAAGCAGUGUUGUUCUAUAUAGUUUUAAAAGAAUCUGAAAGCCAAUGGAAUUAUCCCAUAUUUUCCAAUAACCUUAAUUAUGGGAAGAAUCCAUUUAUAGAGAAUCUUGAUUGUUGGCAGUUAGAGCCAGGGCAAUUGCACAGGUAUUUUGAAGUUUGCUGCCAGUUAUAUUGUUGUCAAAUGGAGAGCUAUAUAAUUGAUGAGAUAUUUUUGCAGCAAGAUCUGGGGACACUCUAAAGUCAGUCACAGUUUAGUGUUUUAUGAAGGGACCCCUUGUCCUGGUAGAUCUGGCACACAUGAACUGUGAGAGUGCUGAUCACUCAAAUAUUGGAAUAUUGAAUUGCUUUCUAUAGUUGAACACAAGUCUGGUUGCACUUUCUAGGUAGGCAUCCAGAAAUGGACUAGGAGGAACAAGAACCCUCUGAAUAUUUAAAUUUAGUAGACAGUAAGAUGCAAGAUUUCUCUUCCCCACCCCCACCCCCCAAAAAUGGUGACCAUUUUGAAAGGAUAGAAAGAAAACCAAACUUUGCAAAGUGGAUUUGAGAAAAGACCAUACAGUUAAAGAAGGGGAGGGAGGAAUGUAAUUCCUUUCUAAGGAAGAUCCUUUAGCCUGAUACAUGAAUUGAGGCCAAGGUAUACCACUUUAUCUAAAAGAAGACAUUUUCCAAUUCUUAGUAUGGCCAAAUGCCUAGAAGGUAUAAGUAGUAAAGGAAAAGAAGUAGCCAUCAGGAGCCAACCCUAUUCGUUGAGGUGGGAGAAGUCAGGUUGCAGGUGAUUUGUUGAUUCCUACACAUUCUUUAUAGAGAUGUCAUCUUAGUAAUAAACCAGCAUCUAGGCAGGGGUCUUCAAACUAUGACCGAGAGCCAGAUGCAGCAGCUGAGGACGUUUAUCCCCCUCACCCAGGGCUAUGAA